AUGGGUUUUCCAAGAAACCCUUUCAUUACACCCGUUCCAUCAGUUUGUGAAAAUGGGUAUGCAACAUGCAACUCAUGCUCGGAGAAGACUCAGAAGUGCCAUUCUUGCACCCUGCCUAUCAGAAGAAUGAGGAACCGGAUUCUUGAAGAUGUUGCUGACUCUUUGAGAGUUUGUUGCUCGUUCAAGAAUUAUGGAUGCCCAGCAACUGUGAGGUACCCCGAAAAGAGCAACCACGAAAAGUUCUGUUCUUUCAUAGAGUGCUCAUGCCCCAUUGAAGUUUGCAAUGUUAAGGGAACCUCUGAAAUGAUUUAUGCUCACUGUAAAGUGAUGCAUAAAGAUUUUGUGAAGCCGUUUGUUUUUUGUCGUAAAUUCCCUGUUUCUGUUCGGCUGAAUGAUAAUUUCUUUAUUCUCCAAGAGGAAAACACAGACAUUGUGUUUGUUCUGAACAACACAACGUGUUCUUAUGGGAAUAUUCUUACAAUCUGUUGUCUUGCACCGUCACAAGCUGGAUGCUGCCCCUAUGAAAUUGAAGUGAAUGCCAACUCAAGUCACAAGUUUCACAGUACUACCCAGAACAUUCAAGGCACCGGCAAUUACUAUCGUUCUUUUUCAGGGUUCCUUCUUGAUAGUGACCACGAAUUUUUUGCUGACGGUAUGAUCAAGAUGGAGUUUUGUGUUUAUCGCGCACCGGAGCUUGCUUAA